GUGCGUACAUAUGUGCUUUUAUGAGUUUUAGCGCAGCGUUUGACGGGGUUUGUUUUCUAUUCGCUGCUCUUUUUUUCUCUUAUUGUUUUAUACAAGCUAGGCUUUGGUGAUAUAUAAACGACAAAGAAAGAAGUUAUUUUCAUAAAUUAAUCCAUGGCUAACCCUCUUGAGCAACUCAUCUCCCAGCUCGAGGAUGAAAUCCAGGAUCCUGAGGAAGAAACAUUCCUCCUCUAUGCCAACGACAUCCCAUCUCAAGGCCUAGGCUUCAUCGAUUCCCACGCCUCAGUCCUGGAACUCCAACUCAGCGGGAGAGACAUUACCAUUCAUCAAUCUCCCGGCGUGUUGGCAUCAAGUCGUAAAGGCGGUACCACAGGAGCAGUCCUUUGGAAAAUCACACCUGCGUUUGCAGAAUGGCUCGCUUCCCCUUCAAACCCGCUCUUCCGCACCGUUCUCACACCAUCAUGCUCCAUCAUCGAGCUCGGAUGCGGAAUCUCGCCUCUCAACGCUCUCACGCUCUCCCCCAAAGUCUCACGAUACAUCCUCACAGACCAGCCUUACGUUCAAAAACUCGUCCUGCAGAACCUCGCUGAAAACCAACCGUCAUCAUCAUCGAAAUCCCACACCGGAAAAUCCAAGAGGGGCGCCACCAAAUCUUCGUCUUCAAGCCCCCUAAACGCCGGAGCAGAUAUCCACUUCCAAGUGCUCGACUGGGAAACGUCCCAAGUAACGCCUUCGCUGACGAAUUCUCCCUCGGUGUCUUCUUUUGACGCUAUUAUUUCUUGCGACUGUGUCUUUAAUUACGCCUUGAUACAGCCUUUUAUACAGACCUGUGUCGAUAUAUGCAAGUUACGCCAGAUGGACGGUAAUCAAGCUCUUCCAACUUUAUGUAUCGUCGCACAGCAAUUACGCAACGACGACGUCUUCAACAGUUGGCUGGUGGCUUUUAAAGAGCACUUUCGGGUGUGGAGGAUGCCUGGAGGGAUGAUGCCGGCAGAGCUCCGCCCCGAAGCUGGAUUUGUUGUCCACAUUGGAAUCCUCAAAGACUCUUUGUGA